AACACUUGUUCGCAGCAACGUAGUGCACACAGAAUUCGACCAAACUGAACACAUUAAAAACUUUUAAGCUGAUCAAAUGUUGUUUAAAAAAAGUGGCCACGUAAAAGACGAACAUAUGUACAAAGAAAUGUACAUACGCAGCUAAAAAAAUUGUUUUGUGUCAAUAAACAAACCAAUCGAAUUAUAUGAUAAAAGAAAUGCAGAAGCUACAAGCGACACAACAACUGCGGCUGAAGUUAAAAUGAAGGCUGUCCAAUAUCAGUUGUAAGAAAAUACAAAAUUCAUCACAAGCUAUUAAGUUAACAUGGAGGAGAAACUAAAGUAUUCGCUGCUACGCGGCGAACUGGUUGACACUCAAAACAUUUGGACAAGACACGAGAAACGCGUCUGGUUCAUGACGCUACUCACUGGCACCUGCAUGUUGUAUUCAACGCGGACAACGAUGCCGCUGCUGGUGCCCGCCGUUGCCGCCGCACAAAAGUGGAGUAAAACCGAUUCGGGCACCGUGCUGAGCUCAUUCUUCUGGGGCUACACACUCACCCAAGUGAUGGGUGGCUAUUUCAGCGAUCGAUUUGGCGGCCAGCGUGUCAUAUUACUGGCAGCCAUUGGUUGGUCCAUCAUCACAUUCCUGAUGCCGACGAUUAUUUGGUCGGCGGCAUCGGUUAAGAGCUAUGCGAUACCAAUUAUUGUCACCAUACGCAUAUUUAAUGGUGCACUGCAGGGCGUGCACUUUCCGAGCAUGAUUAGCCUGACAAGUCAGAAUCUAUGCCAAAAUGAACGCAGCAGUUUCUUUGGCCUGCUCACAUCCGGCUCGGCAAUGGGCACGCUGCUCACUGGCAUCAUGGGCUCCUUUGUGCUGGACUACUUUGGCUGGUCGUAUGUCUUCCGUGUCAUUGGCCUGAUGGGCUUCGCCUGGGCGUUGGUAUUGCGCUAUUAUGCGAUGGCCGGCGAGAGGAAUCGCAUCAUAAACAUCUCCACACCGGCGCGAUUGUGCGCCAACAAAACGCCAGCGGAGACGACUGUGCCCUGGCUGCGCUACUUCAGUCGGCUGUCCUUUUGGGCCUGUGUGCUGACGCAUGCCUGCGAGAUGAAUUGCUUCUUUGUGCUGCUCUCCUGGCUGCCCACAUACUUCCACGAUGGAUUUCCGCAUGCCAAGGGAUGGGUGGUCAACAUGAUUCCAUGGUUGGCGCUGCCUCCAUGCACGUUCUUUGCCAAAUACCUGACGACACGGCUGAUAGCCAGAGAUUGGUCAACGACAGCAGUGCGCAAGCUAAUCCAGAGCUGUUGCUUUGCUGCACAGAAUGUGGCCCUGUUCGUGAUGAGUCGAACGACGGACUUUCACACGGCGCUAAUCUGUAUGACCAUCAUCAUUGGUGGGACGGGCUUUCAUAAUAAUGCGGUGACUGUGAAUCCACAGGAUUUGGCGCCGCUGCAUUCGGGCAGCGUUUUUGGCCUGAUGAACACAGUGGGCGCAAUACCCGGCUUUCUGGGCGUCUAUCUAGCCGGUCACAUCCUGGAACUGACUCAGAGCUGGCCGAUGGUCUUCAGCGCUGCGGCAGGCAUUAAUCUAAUCGGUUGGAUCAUAUUCCUGGCCUUUGGAUCCGCUGAAGCAAUUGUAUGAUUACUGCGACAAUAUAUUCUCGACUCUUCCAUAUGGGGGUGGAAAAAUAUUAUUUAUUAAAUGUGUACAUAGCUUAAAAGGA